AUGGGAGGGCUCUCUCGCCGGCUCUUCCUGCUGGCCUUUCCUGUUCUACUUCUCGGGAUCGUUUUCUCACCCAAUCCCAAGCUGCUGCUGGGAGACUUUGUUGGAAGACACGUGCAGAUUGCUCGAAAUCUGGCUGGAAUCUUUUUCUUCUUCAUGGUGUUGACGCCAGAGACGGCACAUCCGCAGCUGGCCGCGCUGCAGCAUGUCGUGCAAGGGAUGCAGACACACACAGAGUCUCUCGACUCUGUGUCUGCCUUGGAUCGAGCCAUCGACCUGGUUGAUGAUUUCGGAUGGAAUCAUGGCUUCCUCAUCAAUGUUGGCGAUGUCAAGGGCAAGAUUUUGGAUUCUGCAGUGCAGCAAAGGCUCGAUAACGGUCCUGGAGAACUCAAGCUGGCGGUAGAGCUGGGAACAUUUGUAGGCUACGGCACGCUGCGCCUCGUACGCAUGCUGAACCACACAGGUGCCGAGAUCAUCACAGUGGAUCCCGACAUUUUUGCGUACACGGUGUCGAGCAGCCUUUACGAGCAAGCCCAAGUGAGAAGCCGCAUCACAAUGAAGACCAACUAUUCGUAUAAUGUGUUCGCAGAGCUGAAGAAACAGGGAAGAAAGAUUGAUUUCCUCUUUGUCGAUCAUGUCAAGAAGCUGUACCUCCCAGACCUGAAGUUGGCUGUGGCGAGCGGAGUCCUUGCAAAAGGAUGCGUGGUCGUCGGGGACAACAUCCGCUCACCUGGGGCCCCUGACUACAAGAAAUAUCUGCUGGAAGGGGAUGGGAGCAAGCUCUUCAGCACCGAGGAUACCAUGAUGCACAUUGUGCGGAUAGGUUUCUUGAUUUUGGCCGCAGCAUGCCUAAUCUUCUGCAACUGCGCCUCGGUGGUUCUCCGAAGCUACAUUAUCUGGUACACAAAGUUGGACCAAGAGACAGCAACUUCUCCAGAAGGACGAUUCCAUCUGACCAUUCUGUUCUAUGGCGCGUUCUUUAGGUGUUACAUCAUGCAAAGUGCGACCACCGACGUUCUUCGGUUUGCGUUCAUUCUCUCCAGAGAUGCAUGGCGGCCAGAUGUCUUCGAGGCAUACCGGCGCCUUCUAAUUGGUGAUGCCUGGGGUGAGCUGGAAGCCGGCGAGUUCUAUAUAUGCUCAUGGUCAAAGCUCACGAAGCACCAGACCUGGUUGGACAUCUUUUUCCAGAUGCUGCUACAUCUCUCCAUGGACCUGGUCCCCCUGAUCUUCCUGAUCAUGGCCCAACGGAUGGGCAGCCAUCAUGCCUGGAUCCUCUGGGCUGAGGUAUGUCUCGUGACUGGAUGUAUCCACAUCUUCGUCUUCUACGCGUUGUGGUGGAUUGGCGAGGUUUCGCUGAAGGUCAAGUACUUCUGCCGCGCUUGGCAGCAAGCUCGCGCCUUCAACGGCUUCCGGCACGGUCGCUCCAGCAUCAUGCACAUGACUCACAGUAUCUGGGUGAUGCAUGACGAGAACCAGUUUGACAGCCAGGAGCAGGAGCACAGAAGUGUUUGUGUCACGCUGUGCACCCUCUUCCAUUGGGGAGAAUAUCUUUUUCCAGUCAUCAUUUGUGCUUGUACCUUCGUCUUUGGCCUGAUUGACCAGCGAAGCUUCCUAGCCCUCCUAGGUGGAAGCUCAAUGGUGAUGAGCUGGAUAGUCAUCACAGCUUCCAAUUACGCUGACCGCAUCCAGCCGCUGCAGCCACCUGGAUGGCUGAACAAUGCCUUCAACAGUCCAGAUGUUCUUCAGCGAUGGGGCGAGAAGUGGUGCAGACUCAACCACAGUGCGCAGAAGCGUCAGCGCCAUCCCUUCGCAAUCACCUUGAUCAUGCUUGGCGCAGUUUUCGGAGGCUACGGACUGCGAUGGCUCUCGCUUUCUUGCCUGGCUAUACUCUUCUUCCUCUUCCUGCGCCUACUGUUCAUGUACUUUGAGGGAAACUUUGGCUGGGCAGCAGCCAUCUUCGAAGCAUUCUUCGAAGGCAUCCUGCUUCAGUGCCUUGUCAUUACGACAGCGGACAGACCGCUCCUGGAUGCAGCUCUGAUCUUUCUUCUGUGUGCUAUGCGGCAGUUUGGCUUUCAACGGGAAGUGCGAGCAGGGGAUCGUAUUCGCAUCGUCUCCUUGAUGGCUCUUGGAGUGGUCCAUUUUGUGGUCAUUGCCAUCGUCUGUUGGGCCUUCGUGACUUCCUUCCAGAUGAACAAUUGGAGUGCGUUCUGCACGGAUAUGUCGAACUGCAGGUACGAGCAGAUCAGUCCUCGCCCCGAAGUCAAUCAAGCAUACACGCCUCUGUGCCAGAUGGAAUUCCCCAGGCCAGACGGCCGAGACUUGAAGUUUGGUGACUUCGGUUUGUUCGCUUCACUGACCUACGAGCCUCACAGCCGUGUUCAAGCAGCACUGCACCACUACUUCCCCGAAUGGCAUCUGGACGAUGCUCUCCGAGAGACCGAACUGCGAGACCGCCCCAACCGCAACACGGACUGGUCGCGGUUUCUCAUGUUCACCUCCGCUGACAAAGGAACGACGGUCAUUGCAGUGCGAGGGACCCUGGAUGCUGUUGACGUGCUUCAAGAUGUUUCUCUGUGGAUGAUUCCAGCAAUACUCCAGAGCAUGGGCUUGCUCGGCCCGGACAUUGGGGCAGACUGUUGGGGCAUUGCCAUGGCGAGGCAUUCCAACGAGUUUCCUUUGUGCUCCGUGAACCUGCAGUCCUCGUAUGCUUCGCUGCUACGCGUUGUUACUGACAUGCUGACGACGUUCCCGAACAGGACAUUCUACCUCACUGGACACUCACUUGGCGGCGGCGUCGCGAAGCUGGUGGACAUGGAGCUCACGUCGAGGCAUUUGCCGAAGCGUCCGACGACCAUCGCCUUCUCUGCUCCAGGCCUGCUGCUGGCAUCGCAGGUGCUUUACUCCGGCCACGUCAGCACUCUGCAAGAGGUCGGCUCUGCGCUCUCCAGCAUCACCAUCCGGCCCACCGGUGAUCUCGUGUCGGCUGUGGACAUUGAGCUCGGCAGCCGAAUCGCGGCGCCAUGUAGCGGCUUCGCGUUGCAAUGCCACAGCAUCUACAGCACUCUCUGGCACAUAUUCACUUUGUGUGGUACCGCUGCGACGUCCGUCAAUGUUUCGAUACCCUGUUCCUGGCCAGACCAUGUUUCCCCAAAUCGAAUGCAGUGGGAAAGGACCAUCGAGAAUUACCUGAACAAGCAUCCUGAGAAAUCCUGCCCUGGCAAAGCAUGA